ACAUGGACUAGAGUCACGAUGUAAUGGGUGCGGGCGCGUGGGAAUCUUGCUACUUGUAGUUACCAGUCGCCUUUUUGGAGCUUCAAACUAGUGCUUAACAUACUCUUUCACUUGACUUUGAGAUUUCUGAAGUGCAAUGGACAAGACGAAAUCAAGACUGGCUGCGUUCUUCGAUGACGACGAAGAGUCUUCGUUCCCACAAAAGACUCUCGAUGACACGAAGUUGUCGCAGUACGCGCAAGGCACUGUUCGCAAGUCUCGCCGAGAAAAGGAGAAGGAAGCUGCGGACGCCAAAAAACGAGAGGAGGAAGAGAGUGCUGCCAAGGCAUAUGCUGAUUUCAUUGAUGCGUUUGAAGGGGAAAGUGCGGACAAGCGGAAGACUGGUUCAGGAUUUGUUCGCGCAUCCGAUGGCACGAAAGUGUCUUACCAACCACCAGUCAAGGGUGUCGCGGAAUUCUCGUCGCGCAGCAGGCCAGUUCGAUCUAAUGAAGAUGAAUCUACCGCACCAGGUGGUGCACCGAAGCCGAAAGGCAAACGAGCCAUGGAUUCAUUUCUCGAAGAGAUCAAGAGAGAACAGGCAAUGCGAGAGGCCAGGUAUUCCCGUUCCUCCCAUGGGCGUUCAGUGACUGCAUUAGCAGCAUAUGAAGGGCAGAGUGGCAGCAAGGACCGCGGUGAUCCUGAGACUUCCAACCUUUUUGUGGCCAAUUUACCCUCCAAUGUCACCGAGCAAUCUCUUGGCACCUUUUUUGCGCGUCACGGUCCUGUUGGCUCCGUAAAAAUUAUGUGGCCACGAGGAGAUAUUGUUGCUGGUCCGGGUGGUGACAUGACUGCUUCGCGCCGCAAUAGAAAUUCCGGAUUGAGUGGGUUCGUAUCCUUUAUGAAGCGUAAGGAUGCAGAAGCUGCUUUGAGGGAAGUUGACGGCCUUGAUUGGGGGGGUUCGAUUCUUCGUGUGGGAUGGAGCAAAGCUGUGCCUAUGGCUGCGAAAGCUCUCUAUGUACCGAGCAGGACAUCCAGGUCGAGAUCAAGAUCGCGAGGACACGAACGUAGGGGCAGGAGUCAGUCACAUUCGCCAAGGCGUCACUCCCGAUCUCGCUCUACGGGACGCUAUCGGUCCUCUAGACGUUCCCGCAGUCGUUCUUUAAACGAUAGUCGCUCACCUCGGCGGCGACGGCACUCAUACAGUCGUUCACGCUAUGACAGCCGCAGUCCAUGCAGACGGUCACCCAGCCCUUCGAGGAGGCACGAGUCUGAAGAUGAGGCAUCUGCCGUCACCGACACGUUCAUUCGUGCUGUGGCCGCCGAGGUCAAAGGCCAUGGAUCUGAGUACGAGGAAAAUCUUCGUGAAUGGGAAAGGAACAAUCCCAGGUACUCUUUCAUGACGCGGCGCAAGGUAUGUCAAGAUAUCUCCUUAGUGAGGACGUUGACAGACUGGGACAAGCACCGACGGCACGCAUUCUACAAAGGUCUAGUCGAGCGAGACGAUUUUACUGGUGCAGAAUUUGACGACGAGGGGUAUAACUCAGCCUACUCUACUGAUUCUGCGGAAGAGUCAGAGCAAGAACGAACACGCAAGACUGUUCUAGGCAAGCUAGCUCGCAAACGAUUCGAAGCAAUGCUGCGUGGUGUCUCUGGCAAGAGAGGCGAACUCGCUCGUUGUAUGACAUUCAGCUUGGAGCACGCGGAAGCUGCCCGUGAGGUAUCGGAUAUCAUCAUCUCUUCACUCUUGGUGGAUGGUACACCUGUGCCACGCAAGAUUGCUCGGUUGCAUCUUAUCUGUGACAUUUUACACAACUCGGCAGCCCCAGUACCAAGUGCAUGGAAGUUUCGGCAGGAAUUCCAGUCUCGCUUGGGUAUAGUGUUCGAUCAUUUCGCCACCAUUUAUCAUUCUUUUCCUGGUCGGAUCACCGCGGAAACAUUCAAGAAGCAGAUCACAGCCGUAGUAGACAUUUGGGAAGACUGGAUAGUCUUUGCUCCAGACUUCACUGCAGAACUGCGUGCUAGGCUGGAUGGCACCACGCAGGCUGAUUUGAACAAGCCGAAGGCAGAAGACGAUGCUAGCGUUGCUGCAGCCGAGGCGCAAUCUUCAUAUGUUUCCAAGUUCAAAGCGAAAUCUUUCCAGCCUGCGCAGGAAAUAACCGAGACAACCCCUGAUGUCGUGGACGAUGCUAAUGAUCUCGAUGGUGAACCGAUCGAAGACAUGGAUGUGGAUGGAGAGCCGUUGGAUGUGGAUGGUACACCCCUUGAUGACGACGUUGACGGCGUUCCUCUUGAUCACGGCGAGGACCCUGAUGUCGACGGCGAGCCAAUGGAAGACAUUGAUGGAUCGCCCAUUGAUGCAGAUGAUGUUGAUGACGUUGAUGGUGUCCCUCUUUGAGAGGUUUAAUAUUCCAAUAUCCGUCCCAUUGUAUUGCAGAGAAUAUCAUAACAAGAUAGUGUGUGGUUUGUCAAUGGUUUAAACACAACAGCAUGAUGUACACCUAA